CAAUUGCUCAAAUGGAACGGCUGGGGUUACCGAGACUCUCGCUUCGAGUACGAGAAUGACCUGCUGGUGUUCACCGGCGAUCGCUACCCCAUCGGAGGCUCCGUCUCUCUCCCGUACUUCAAAGAAUACGUCGUAAAGAUCCUCAACGUGGACCUCACUCGGAAGAACGUCGGUGUCCCGCUACCUCAAACCUACCCGGAACCGGUACCAUGCCCAGAGUUUCUGGCCAAACUGGAACAGCACGGAAUCGAGUUCACCCAGAACGGAGAAGAUCGGUUGAUUCGGAGUCAUGGACAAGCGCUGCACGAUAUCCACGCGCUGCGAACGGGUCAGAUCAAGAGGAUCCCGGAUACGGUGGUGUUCCCGCUCAGUCACGAUCAGGUCAUUCAGGUGGUGCAGGCUGCCACCGAGAAUAACGUCGUGGUGAUUCCGUACGGUGGGGGUACUUCCGUCUCGGGGUCUGCCUCUUGUCCGGAAGAGGAGAGGAGGUCUAUCGCCCUGUUGGACACUAGUCAGAUGAACCGGAUGCUCUGGAUUGACAAGGAGAACCUGGUAGCUUGCUUUGAAUCGGGCAUCAUCGGACAGGACUUGGAGAGGGAAGUGCGGAAGUUGGGCUUCACUAUGGGACACGAGCCGGACAGCUUCGAGUUCUCGAGCUUGGGAGGUUGGGUGGCUACGAGGGCGUCAGGAAUGAAAAAGAAUUUGUACGGGAACAUCGAGGACAUCGUGGUGAAGGUCAAAAUGGUGACGGUUAAGGGCGUUCUGGAUAAAAGUGUAGCGGUUCCUAGGAUAUCCUGUGGACCGGAUUUCAAUCACAUCAUCCUGGGAUCGGAGGGUACUCUGGGAGUGGUGACGGAGGUGGUCGUGAAGAUUCGGCCUCUACCGGAGACGAAAAAGUACGGAUCGCUAGUGUUUCCAGACUUUGGGUCAGGUGUGCGGUUCUUGAGAGAGGUGGCCAAACAACGAUUGCAACCUGCCAGUAUCCGACUCAUUGACAAUGAGCAGUUCGCUUUCGGGCAGGCUCUAAAACCCGCUGGCGGAGUUUUAUCGAGCAUUUCGAGUGCCCUGCAGAAGGCGUACAUCACCGGAGUUAAAGGCAUGGAUAUGGAAAAGAUUGCGAUCACCACCUUGGUAUUCGAAGGCACUGCCAAAGACGUCAAACUGCACGAGCAGAAGAUCUUUGCCAUAGCUGCCAAGCACGGAGGAUUCUCGGCUGGCAGCACCAACGGCGAGAAGGGCUACAUCUUGACCUUUGUGAUCGCUUACAUCAGGGACUUGGCACUGGAGUACAGUGUGGUUGCGGAAUCGUUCGAAACCUCGGUUGCCUGGGAUCGGUGUGAAACGCUGUGCACCAACGUGAAAAAUCGAAUCUCGAAGGUAAGUUAUCUAAUUUUUCUCGACGUGUCGUCAACAAUAUACAUUGAGGCUUGCCGAGUUGGAUAAAUACGAAAAGUGCUG